AGGAGGAGGAGGAGGAGUGAGUGUUUGUCGGCAGAUAGUCAGUCAGAAGGACCGGAGUACCAGCGGCAGUUUGGGAGCGUCUGAGCGGGGAAAUCUGCGUCCAAUACGGGAGAAGUCAAGGGGGAAUCCGCCAUGAGUUGGGGAACGGAGCUCUGGGACCAGUUUGAUAAUCUGGACAAACACACUCAGUGGGGGAUCGAUUUUCUCGAGCGAUACUCAAAGUUCGUCAAGGAGAGGCUGGACAUAGAGCAAACCUACGCCAAGCAGCUACGGAACUUGGUGAAGAAAUACUGUCCAAAACGCUCUAAAGAGGAGGAGCCGAGGUUCACAACAUGUCUGUCCUUCUACUCCGUAAUGAACGAGCUCAACGACUACGCCGGUCAGAGGGAGGUGGUGGCGGAGGAGAUGGCUCACAAGGUGUAUGGAGAGCUGAUGAAAUACAGCCAGGACCUGAAAGCUGAGAGGAAGCACCACCUACAGGAGGGCAGGAAGGCCCAGCAGCAUUUGGAUCAUUGCUGGAAACUGAUGGACAACAGUAAAAGGAAGUUUGAGAGAGAGUGUAAAGAAGCAGAGAAAUCCCAGAUUACCUACGACCGGUUAGAUAAUGACAUCAACGCCACCAAAUCAGAGGUGGAGAAGGCCAAAGCCCAGUUCUACCUGCGCACUCACAUGGCUGAUGAGAGCAAGAACGAGUACGCCGCUCAGCUGCAGAACUUCAACGCAGAGCAGUGGAAACAUUUCAACAAUGCCAUACCGCACAUCUUCAAGAAUUUGCAGGACAUGGACGAACGUCGAACGGUGAAGCUCGGGGAGACGUACCGGAGCUUCGCUGAGGCAGAGCGGAGAGUCAUUCCUAUUGUCUCCAAAUGUCUAGAAGGAAUGGUUUCUGCUGCCAAAGCUGUCGAUAUGCGAAGGGAUUCAGUCAUUGUCGUGGAGUCGUUUAAGUCGGGCUUCGAACCUCCAGCCGACUUCCCCUUUGAGGACUUCAGUCAGAAUCUGAGCAGAACCGGAUCCGAUGGGACAAUCAGCAACACACCCAAAGGAGACCGUGACAGAGACAGAGAUGCAGCCCCCGGGUCACGACCCGACCCAAAACACCCAAUGAGCAGAACCAAGAACAAGCUGUGGCUGUUUGGGAAGAAACCUAAGGCCCCAUCUCUGGAGGAUUUCAGUCACUUGCCCCCCGAGCAGAGGAGGAAGAGGCUGCAGCAGAGGAUCGACGAACUCAGCAAAGAGCUCCAGAAAGAGAUAGAUCAAAGAGAUGCCCUGAACAAGAUGAAGGAUGUGUACGAGAAGAAUCCACAGAUGGGAGAUCCCACUAGCCUGCAGCCCAAGAUAUCAGAGACCAUAUGCAACAUGGAGAAGCUGCGCUCGGAAAUCCACAAAAACGAGACUUGGUUGUCUGAGGUGGAGGGAAAGCAGAGCUCCAGAGGAGACCGAAGACACAGUGCCGACAACCACCAUCACACUCCUCAAGGCAGAGAGAGUCCUGAGGGCAGUUAUACAGACGACACCAGUCAGGAGCAUCACGCGCCUCAACAGCAGCGCACCAGUCCUCCGAAGCCCGGACAACCGAACCCCGACCUGCACGAGUUCGAUGACGAAUUCGACGACGACGACCCGCUGCCCGUCAUCGGACACUGCAAAGCGCUCUACUCCUUCGAUGGUCAGAACGAGGGCACGCUGGUGAUGGCAGAAGACGAGGUGUUGUACAUCAUCGAGGAGGACAAAGGGGACGGCUGGACGAGGGCGAGGAAGCAGGGCGGAGAGGAGGGCUACGUGCCCACUUCCUACGUAGAGAUCACCAUGGAGAGAAACAGCAAAGGUUCCUGAGGGCUGCAGGGUGGCCGGGCAAUUUGAUUGGCUGGUGGAGGGCUCGCGCUGAUUGCUGAUUAGUGGUGGUGGUGGUGGUGGUAGAGAGUAAUGAGGGGCAAGAGAGAGAGGCAGUGAUGGAAAGGGAGAUUAAGUGGAGGCAGGUUUGCAUGUCUGCAUGCUCACAUGUCAAUAAUCGGCAAAGCUUUCUGUGUUAAUAGAGGAAGAAGGGAGGGUCGUAAGUAGAAGAGUAGAUUAAUCCAAAGAAGAGACGCUAGUAUCGUUUCCAUUAGAGAAGUCCCUCCCUGACCUGCAAGAGUUUCUAAACUUUUUCUUCAAGCUGUAAAAGCUUGACAUUUAGUUGAAAUACAACACAAGCUGCAACGUGCUGCUUUCUGGUCUUUAAGGGUCUUAAACGAUGGAGCUUCUGUGACGGCUACACACGUUUGGGGGCAAAUACAUUCACAUCAGGGGGACGGGCUGCUGGUGUUCUGCUCUGUGUGGGCUCAAACAUUAACGUAUGUAUUGCCUUGUUUUUACUUAUGACAGCACCUGCUGUGACCUCACUAAUUGGGGAGUGGCUAAUGGUACUUGUCCUCUAUGGAUUUAUUGUUUAAAUGAGAACAGAAGCAUCUUCCUGCCUCACACAUUCAUUGUCUGCUUCGUGCUUUAUCAGGAUAGCUUUCCUUUUUCAUAAAUUAAAUGAGUCUUCUGUAGAAGCUGUCAAAGUUUUGGAGGGAAAGCUUCUUUUGGUAGCAUGUUUGUCAUUUUUCACUCAAAUCAAUAGGCUCCACAAACCAUAAAUUAGCAUUUUGACCCCCCAAAAAACUUCUUAUCACAAAAGAUGACAUUGCAACUGAGCUUACCCUUCUGCCGAUGAAGGCUCUGAGAUGUGUCUGAAAGCUUUGGAAACACCAAAGUAGGUCACUUUUGUGAUGAGCUAUUUUUUUUUUUAAAGUCAAACAGCUAUUUCCAACAUUAAGAAUGGACCCUCAAACUCAAGAUAGAACGUUUCAAUAUUCUCAAUUGAUUUGAAGUUCAGACUGUCAGGGUUUAGCAUUUUUUUUUUUUUUGCCUUACAUUAUUAUUUGCUGCCACUAACGAUGUCAGUGCUGCACUCAUUAAUGUCGUCAUCAUCAUCAUCAUCUGUGCUCUGUUGGUGAUGCCUGUCUGCCUGCCUGAGCCACUCUGCUCCUCAUGCCUGCCUUCACUCUCAUACAGUCGCAUGUGUCCCAAACAUGAUCGGGCGUUUUUAUCUGUGCCUUUAACUGCAACUUUGUGUGUGUGUGUGUGUGUGUGUGUGUGUGUGUGCGCGCGUGCGUGCGCGCUGGCUGGGUCGUGUGUUGAAUGCUGCGUCAUCCUCGUAUUUUAAUGGAAGCAUGAGUAUGAUUUAUGUUUGUGCGUUUAUUGUUACUCAUGAGACAGACAGAAGGACUAUCAGGUGAAAUACAGGACCCCUCUACCCCUCUCUUUCUUUCUUUUUUCCCACAUUUCCUCUCUUUUCUACCCGAGUUGUAACACCACCAGUUGACCAGCAGGUGGGAGCCUUCCCUCACCAAAGCACAGCUCCGCUCGAGCCGGACUGCGCCGCUUUUAAAUCACACCAAAACACGAGGAGGAGCUCCGGUGUCUUUGGAGUCAGACUCUGCCUUAAAACCCCUUGUUGUUUUACUGUGGAGGGAUUAUUCCACACAGGAUGUCUGCCCUUCUGCCUGACUACAUCUCCCAUCAGCCACCUGCGCUCAGCCUCUCCUCCCUGGGGACUCAAGUGCAUCUCCAUUUAAAAAAAAAAAAAAAUAAUAAAUAAAAUAAAAAAAGUUUUUUUUUUUUUUCAAUUUGUUUUUUGUGAAUGUGAUGACACACGUGUAUCAACAUGUAUGCAUGUUUACGGAAGUCAAAACGGGCCUGUUUGGCUCUCCAUACCCACUAAUAUGUAAACCUGUGUACAUGCGUGACGUUGGUUUCUACCGUUGAAUGAUUUGUACAUAUUAACAUCUUUUAAUGUCAUGCUGAAUGUGUUUCCAUGCUGAUUGUUUUUAGGUUUGUUUGAUUGACACUCUUCACGAGAGACAACACGGUUUGAACUGAACUGAUGCACUUUGUCCUGAAAGUACCACAGCGUUUGAAUCUGAUGAAAUGAGCGCGUUAGAGUGAACAGAUGAAUGAGGCUCAGUGUUGAGGUGUGAACUUUAUGAAUGACCACUGUGUAGCAGCGAGAACUCUUUCUCUCCCUGAUGGUUUUUAUACUCCUUUUGUAACUCUUGGCGAGCAGUGACCAACAUCUGUUAUGCAUGAUUUUUCUAGAUUCUUUGAACAUUGGUCUCUCUUGGUGGUCGUUGUUUUUUUUUUGUUUUUUUUAACCCUUCACUGUAUUUUUUUUUUCAAGAGACUAACAAAACUGCACACCUGAAGUAAAGUUUGACUUCCUUUUGAUGCUAUUUAAGACAAGAAUGCCACCAAUGAUUCGCUGCUCGUAGAUCUAAACACUUGUAGUCUGUUUCUUCGAUGAAGCUGUGAAAUGUACAGAAUGAUUCCGUCGGUGUUGUUACUUGAACUAUGGUCACGCGUCUCCACAUUUUGCUCUCAGACCUGUGAUCGUUUUGCAUCGUACAAAUAAUUAAACAUUGUGAGAAAUUUGCCUUUUUUCACAUGUUGUACGGAUUAAACAAAGGAGCCUGUUUCCAGUUGUUAUGCUAAGCUAAGCUAACCGGUACAGUACAGACAUGAGUGGUGUUGAUGCCUUCUGUCUUUUCUACACAUCUGGUUGCAUGGUUAGCUGCAGCUGCUAGCCUGUUUGUGAUUCCUAAAAUCAAAUUAAAACAUGAUUUUUUUUUGAGAACUAAACUGAGAUGUGUGCAGUUAAGUGUUGCAUAUUAGAUUUUUUUUGUUCGAGUGUUAAUACAAUCCAACUGUUCAGUCCAGUUUUUAUGUUUUUGUGUUUUUAAAGCAAUUAGGGCUGCAACUAAUUGUUUUUCAUUCUUGAUUUGUUAUUUUUAAUUGUUUGGUCGAUACAAUGUAAAAUGAAAUAGUAGAUGAUGCCUAUCAAAGAUUUUAACAGCCCAAGGCGAUGUCUUCCAGUGUUGGUUUAGUUCAACAUAAAGUCCAAAACAUAUUCAAUUCAUGUUGUUGUAAAAUGGAUAAAGGCAGCUUAUUUGAGAUUAUUGUUUUUGCUAGAUGACUAAUAGAAAAAAGAAAAGCAAAUGGCACCAGUUCCAGCACUAAAACCAGAACCUUGCUUAUAGUUCUAAAUGUGCACUCAGACAUACAACACGUGUCCGUGGUGGAGAUGAGGAUCCUCUGAUGUGAAGACAGGGACCUCUGUCCUGCUGAAUUAGUGUUGAUGUUGCUGUGAAGAUUCUUGCAACUCUUAAACACAGUACACUCCAAAUGUGUAAUUUGGCUCAUGAGACACGUUUGGAGUGUACUGUCCCUUUAAUCAAAGAAUACAUAAUGUCACGAGUAAGCAGCAGCUUUACAAUGACCAAAUUCGCCAACAGUCCCAUUAACAGUUCUACUUUUUACCAUUAAUAUACAUAUAAAAACUGUUUGCUAAGUAUUAUAAUA